CAUGCCAAAAAGCAAGUGUUCCCUACGUUCCAAACCUUCAUCAUCGUUUCUAAAUCACCUCUUUCAUUUCUCACACAAUUCCUAUAUAUAUCAAACCCUUCACCCUCUUCCUUUUCCCACCACCUUUCUCUUUCCACUCACUCCUAUGCUUCUGCAUUCUUCUCCAUUUCACUUCGAAUGUGACACAUAUAUUGCUCACUGAACCAGGGAGGGAGCACCUGCAACAAGUCUGUUUCUUCACCUUUUUACAACCUCUUCUCUUUCACCUUAAUGUCUACCAUGCCUGUUGGAGCAAUGUUCCAGAAACUCACCACAUUCAUGACCUCUGAUCAUGCUUCUGUUGUUUCCAUGAACAUUUUUGUUGCCCUUCUGUGUGCUUGCAUCAUCAUCGGUCACCUGUUGGAAGAGAACCGAUGGAUCAAUGAAUCCAUCACUGCCCUUCUAAUGGGUCUUUGUACUGGGGUCUUUAUACUGCUUACCACUGGAGGAAAAAGCUCUCAUAUACUAGUCUUCAGUGAAGAUCUUUUCUUCAUUUACCUUCUCCCACCCAUCAUUUUCAAUGCCGGGUUUCAAGUGAAGAAGAAACAAUUUUUCCGCAACUUUAUGACUAUUAUGCUCUUUGGUGCAGUUGGUACUUUGAUAUCAUUCUGCAUCAUAUCACUGGGUGCCAUACAUUUUUUUCAGAAGUUGGACAUUGAUUCCCUCAAGAUUGGAGAUUUUCUUGCAAUUGGAGCAAUAUUUUCAGCAACAGAUUCAGUUUGCACGUUGCAGGUUCUUAAUCAGGAUGAGACUCCUUUACUAUAUAGCCUGGUCUUUGGGGAAGGAGUAGUCAAUGAUGCUACCUCUGUAGUGCUCUUCAAAGCAAUUCAAAAUUUUGACCUCUCUCACAUUGACUCAAAUACUGCCUUACAGUUAAUAGGAAAUUUUUUAUAUCUAUUCAUUGCAAGCACUGUGUUGGGAAUCUUUGCUGGAUUGCUUAGUGCUUACAUAAUAAAAAAACUCUAUUUUGACAAGCUAAUAAGGCAUUCUACAGACCGUGAGGUUGCUCUCAUGGUACUCAUGGCAUACCUUUCGUAUAUGCUGGCUGAACUAUUUUCUUUGAGUGCCAUUCUGACCGUUUUCUUCUGCGGAAUUGUGAUGUCUCACUACACCUGGCAUAAUGUAACUGAAAGUUCAAGGGUGACAACAAAGCAUGUUUUUGCCACUUUGUCAUUCAUUGCUGAAAUCUUCAUCUUCCUCUAUGUGGGGAUGGACGCAUUAGAUAUAGAGAAGUGGCGAAUCGUAAGUGAAAGCCCAAGAAAAUCUAUUGGGGUCAGUUCGUUGCUGUUGGCACUUAUUCUAGUGGGAAGAGCUGCAUUUGUUUUCCCUCUGUCCUUCUUAUCCAACUUGUUUAAGAAGUCUCAAUCUGAGAAAAUUGAGUUAAAGCAACAAGUAACAAUUUGGUGGGCUGGUCUCAUGCGUGGAGCAGUUUCUAUCGCACUUGCUUACAAUCAGUUUACUCGGUUGGGCCAUACUAAAUUGCGUGAGAAUGCCAUCAUGAUCACUAGUACCAUCACUGUUGUACUCUUCAGCACAUUGGCAUUUGGGUUGAUGACAAAGCCACUUGUAAGGCUAUUGCUUCCUUCGUCAAAGCAUGUGAUGACCUUUGCGUCCCCACCAUCGACACCAAAAUCAUUCACAGUGCCACUUCUUGGCAGUGGAAGAGAGGAUUCAUCAUGGACCAAUGGUGGCACCCCAAAUGGGCCUCCUCCAACCACCACCUUUAGAAUGCUACUAAGCUCCAUUCCUACUCGUGGGGUGCACCACUAUUGGCGCAAGUUUGAUGAUUCUGUCAUGCGACCCGUGUUUGGUGGACGAGGUUUUGUGCCCUAUGUUCCCGGGUCACCCCUUGAACAAAGUGUUCAUCAGUGGCAUGCCAGUUAGAACAAACACACACACACACACACACACAUAUAUAUAUAUAUAUAUAUAUAUAUAUAUAUAUAUAUAUAUAUAUAUAUAGAUACUGAUGAUGUUUGAUGAUUAUGUGAUGUAUUGAAGAGGUUUUGGGUGUGGUGUAUGUAAAAUCGGCUUGGCUUUGGUUGUGUGGACUUUUUUGUCAAAUAGUUUUACAAGAUUUGAACUUGAGAUGUGGAAGAGAAGAAAAAGACACGAGGGAAGAAUUUUUGGUGACCCUGAUUUUGCUGACAUAGGAAAAGAAAAGGGGUUGUUUGGUUUUUAGUAAAGUUGUUAACUUGAUGAUGAUGCUGCUGAGGUGAUUGGAAUUUUGUGUGUAUACAUGGUAUUGAUGAUGCAAAGGUAUUGACUAUAGUUUUUUGCGUUUGCUAGAUUGUUACAGUCAAUUUUAAAGGAUAAUUUUGUGUGUUUUGAAGGCACAGCAUUUGUAAGUAGGAUGUUUGAUUUCUCACGAUUGUACACAACGCAGUGUGAAUUUAUCUCAGCUAUAUAUCACUGCAUAAUCA